AUGAAUUCCUCCCCCCCCGCCCCCGAGCCCCCCCCCGGCCCUCUGCAGCUCUGGCAGGAGGAGAACCAGACCCAAGGCGGGCUCUGGAACGGGAGCCAGGAGCUGGGUUGGGAAGAGCUGGAGAAGAUGCUCUUCCUCUUCGUGAAGGAGCCCGUCACCAUCAGCCUCACGGCGAUGUACCUGGUGUCUUUUGUGGUGGGCUUCGUGGGCAACAUCAUGUCCAUCAGGGUGCUCACCCGCAAGCGCCGGAGUCGGGUACCCAGCCUGAGCGCCACCCGCAGCCUCCUCCUCAACCUGGCGGUGUGCGACCUCAUGGUGGUGUGCAUCUGCAUGCCCAUCACCGUGGGCAACCUUAUCUACAAAGCCUGGGUGUACGGGGAUUUCCUCUGCCGGGCAGUGCCCUUCAUCCAGGCUGUUUCUGUCUCCGCCAGUGUCCUCAGCCUGACCGUCAUCAGCGUGAACCGGUACUACAGCGUGCACAACCCACUCAACGCCCGGUCUUUCUUCACCCAGAAGAGGAUCCUCAGCACCAUCCUGGUGGUGUGGUUGUUGUCCUCGGGGAUAUGCAUGCCCCUCAUCUUCAUGAACAAACGGGAUGAGAUUGGGGUGGUGGAGGGCUUGCCUCUGGUGUUCUCCAUCUGCAGGGAGAUCUGGCCUCAGGAGAGGCUCAAGCAAGCCUACAACUUUCUGCUCUUCUGUGCCCUCUACUGCCUGCCCGUCCUGUUCAACAUGGUCAUCUGCUUCCUCACGGUGCGCCGGCUGUGGAGCCGCAGCAGCCGGCUGAAGGAGAGCACUGCCCUCAACCGAUCCCUGCCGGCUUCCAGGCUGAAGAUCCGGAAGAAGGUCGCGCAGAUGGUGGUGGCCUUGGUCCUGCUGUUUGCAAUCUCCUGGCUGCCCGUCUACCUGAUGGACAUCUGGAUUGAUUUCAACAUCCCCAAAUCUUUGCAGGAUGUGACUCCUUCUCCUUGGAUCCUGCAGCUCAGACCUUUUGCCCAGUGGCUUGGCCUAACCAAUUCCAGCCUCAACCCUAUAUGCUAUUGCUUUGUUGGGAACCUCUACAGGUCAGCCAAGGAAAUGAAGAGCAAAUACCACCAAAGAAUGGUCUCCCUCUUUAACUUCUCUCUGUCUGAAGGGACAACUCGCUCCUCAGCCCCAGAGCUGCUGUCUUACCGGAGUUCAAUGGAGUCUGCAAGGAAAGGACCCUCCGCCACCCCCACCAUGGGCAGGAGAUGUCAGGGAGGUCAUGGCCGCAAGAACAAGUGUGGACGCUUGAACUCCUGCCAGCACCCACCUCUGAACACUGUCUCCAGCGAGAACACUUCCUUGUAAUUCUGCUCAGGAAGUGCAUCGCAUACCCUCAUCUGCAUUUAAUGACUCUUUAGAGGUCUUUCCAAACCGGCUAUUUUAAUGAUGGAAAAAAACUUUCUUCUAAUCUCUCCCAUCACCAGUUCCAAAAUACCAAGACAGGGAAAGAAGCAAGUAACGAUGAUGUAUUCUAACUCAGAUCAAGUCUUAAGACAAAUGAUUUUUACUGGGGACAACUAGAUGUGUAGCCUGUUGCCCAGUCAACAGUCACAUAAUUAGAUAGAUCAACUUCCCAACGAGCGAGCCCUCCCCGCAGCUCCGUCUCUGCAUGCAGGGAUACUGUUUGGAUACAGCAACGGUUUGGCGGCUGGCUGCUCACCCUGCGCUGAUAAAGAGCAGUAAAAGAGGCACUCUUCGCUCCAAAUCCAUCAGUUGUAGUUGCAAGCAGUGAAGAAAUGCUAGAAACCGCAUCAUAAAAAGUAAUAGCAGUGGCGAAUUUCACACACUUUACCACUUGAGAUUUCAUUGUCUGACCGUAUUGUUUCACUCCUCCACACAAAUAAAUUCUCCUGAUGUGAAGAGGCAGUGCCAGAAGUACUAAAGCGACCAUCACCAUUCCACACGUGGGAAUUCAGAAGGAAUAAUGUGGCCUUGGAGGUGAUUUAGGAAAUGCAAUAGGAAAAUAUUCUUUGGGCGUCAGCUUGCUUUCUUGCAGCUAUGUUCCUGUGGGUAGAAUGGAAAGAACCGGGCAUCUAUUAACAUGAUUUGCACUUGAAAAACCAACCCUUGUUCAGCUGUGUCUGUACCAAAGUCAAUGGCAUGUGAAAAUAAAAAUAGAAAGUGGUUUAUAGCUAAUAAAAUCAGAAUCUACUAAUGCAAUGCUCUUUGUCUGGGAAGGAGAGAAUCAAAGUGCUUGCUUUUCCUGAGAACCAGAAGUAGGUUAAAACCUAUUUUUUCCAUCAUCUCCUUUAAAGGAGGCUUUGAUAAAUAAAUGGUAUACUUUUAUUAUGUUAGCAUCGAAAGGCACCACUAAAGCUCGAAAAUCCUAUUGCAAUGAGCAAAAGGAGACCUUUCUCCCAAAGAUCUAAGUGAAAACACAUCAGACCAGGCAACAGGUGGGAGGAAAAAAAAAUGCAACAAAGACCCAAAAGGCUGGAAUGAAACUAGGGAUCAGCCCCUUCCCUGUGCUGGCCCAGUGCUGUGGAGAGGACGGAUGCACACCGUCUCCUGGUGCCAGAGGAGCCCGUGCCGUGGCUACCUGUGUACCAGCACCCGCUGCAGCAGGGCUCACUCUCUUAGCAUGCCCCAAAAGGAACGCAGCAGCCUUCCUGGGAGAGGAUUUAACAUUUAAUGGAACUCAGGUUUUGAUGGCUGGGGGGGGCUUUUUUGUAUUACUGAGCAGGGAAUGAUAUUCUGGGGAGUCUAAGUUUCAAAUAAUAUCCUCCUGCCUUCUAGAGAGCUUUUGCUCACAAAAAAAUAGAGGCAAAAAAUAGCCGUUCAACCCGACAGUAUUCCCACCUUUGUAAUGAUUGUUCAGAAACAUUUUCCAUUAACAAUAAUCUGCCUGGAAAACAAAAGAUUCCUCCUUAACAAGCAGUGCCAUCCACAAUUUGUAUUCUCUUUUUGUGCGAAUGAGAAAGAAAUUACAAGUACGCAGAUUUACUUUGGGUGAGAAAUGGCUUUUAUGUGUGCUGGGAGAUGAGAACAUCUGCAUUUUUGCAGUUGAUAUAGGAGUGUACCUACUGCCUGAUCUUUUAGUAGCUGCGGAGAAGAGCCUGUGGAGAUUUUAUUUCCUCUUUCAAGGCAUAUUUUCAGGGCUGGCAAAACGUGCCAGGCUGAGGAGCAUUAAAAGCUCGCUCUGAAUGCCCACUGACUCCAGGUCCUGUGAACAGAUGUCCUCCCCCCGGACCAGACGUGACACAAUACUGAAACGUCCCUGCAUUGCCCAGACCAAUGUAUUUAGCCCUGCCCUGAAUAAACCACAACAAAAGGACUGCAGAGAUGCCAGAUCAGCUCCAUCCCAUGUGGUGUCCCGGCUCUGAAAUGAUGUGAAGGUGCAAGAAAUCCACAUUUUAAAGUAUCCCAGAAGAAAUUACUAUUUUUUUUCCCUCUCAGUUCAUAGCUGAUGCCUGGAUCCUGCCCUGAGUCUCUGUACCCUCCACGGAGGCAGAAAUACCAGGGAUGGUGUGUUCUCCUGAACGUGCCUGUGCCUUCCCCUCCUGACGCUGAUGCCCCUGCCUUUCUCCAGCCCCACAGCACUCCUGACCACCGAGAUACACGGUGGCAAGGGCCACUCCCACCAGGCAAGGUCGCCUCCUCUUCACACUUUUAGAUGUAUUUUCCAGUUUCAUUCAGUGUUGCUGUUUUCCUGUAAUAAAGACAAAUUGCUCAUUUCAGCUCCUCUCUGUCUCCCUCGGUCGCUCUCCCCCGUGCGCCACCUGCU